CCGAUGGUUUCCGGCGAAACUCGGAGCCUAAGAGAACAGAGAAUUCCCAGAAAGGAGCAAAAGGGUAGGAGGUUGAAUUUCGUGGAAGCUGCUGGCCGAGAAAAGGGAGAUCGGGCCAAAAAGUGGUGUUCCGUUCCGUAAGAAAGUAAGAAAGUAAGAAAGUUGGCCCGUUGCCGUUGACACUAGCGCCCCCUUAUCCAUCUCGGAAUCACCAUCGGAGAGGAGUCAUUGUCGCGUCGUAUGCUCUCACGCUAGCUGCUUCAUUAAGACUCAUUAGCAGGCAGCGAGCUCCGCAGAUCCUCCGAUUACACAGCAUCGUACACCGAACUCUUUUUCGCAGAUGCUCGUUCCGACACGUUCGCCGAUAUAUCAUUUCACAGUGCAGGGUCAAUCCCCUCUCGAAGGUUGUGAUCGUGAUCGUGAUCGUGAUCGUGAUCGUGAUCGUGAUCGUGAUCGUGAUCGUGAUCGUGAUAGUUGUACCAGUCGAUGCAUAUUUCGGAGCCCUCGCGGAUCUUGUCACGCGCGUGCUCUGCGCACGUGCGAAAUUGUGAUUCUCGAAUCCAAGACUCGUCAGUUGUAAUACUAAUACUCCCUCGAACCAAUUAGCAACCAAACAGAGAUUCCGUUUCAUCAAUCGCAUCAAAUCGUUUUAGAGGGGACUGGUAAUUUACCGUAAAAAGUAGAGUAAGAGCGACAGUGAAAGAGUGUAUUUAAUGGCGUCGAGCAUUUCAACGCGGUGGCAUUAAAAAGUUACACGGGCCACACCGCCUCAGACUGGCCAGCAUGAUAUGAUAGCAGCGACCGGAACAAUCUCCCCUGAAACAUGAAGAAUCCUUAUUUGCUCGCGAGCUUUUUACUGUUACCUCUGGCGCUGGGCUUGACCCUGCAGGAGGACGAUCUGGUGUUCGACGAUGUCGGCGAAGAGAGCGCCAGCAGCACCGCUCCUACCGUCGUCAGUCGUCGCUUGGACGACUCGAGGAUAAGUUGGCACGACCAUAAGCGGUCACACGACUCCAGGCACCAGGUGAAGAGGUUGUGGAGCGUACCUCGCGUCGUCGUCCCAGUCGGACACGUACUUAAGCUGAGAAUUCCGCGGCAACCGUUCGUCGAGCCCGCCGAUUAUUAUCAGUUGGUCGACGCGAACGGAAAGCAGCUGAUGCGUUGGUUGUACUGGGACGACGCAGCGUCGACUCUGAUGGGCGUGCCGUCGAAAAAGGACGCGGGGAGUCAUCGAUUGAGCAUCAAGGCCAUCGGAAUGCACGGCGAGACCGUGAAGGACCUGUUCGUUGUGCAGGUCGUUCCCGAGAACCACGAGGAACUAAAGCACAGAGAUGGAAAGACGCACUGCAACGAAGGAGAGGAUCAAACGAUUCUGAUGUUGUUGUUGAAUGCGAGGUUCGACGAUCUCUCACCGUCAGAUCGAGUCAAUACCAUCACUAAUCUCGCUGGAUUCCUUGGACUUCACGUGAGUGGCUUUUCGAUGCACCCGGAAAGUGCCAAGGAUAGCUCGAACAUGGACUCGUCGGUGAUUCUUAGCGGGCCUGGGAACUCGAAACACCGUAAAGAAAAACAUUUCACCACUGUACAGUGGCAGGUCGGCUGCGACGGUCACUUGUGGAGACAUCAAACGGAUUUAGUGAAACGAUUGCGAGACCAAGCAAAGGAUGGCACACUGGCCGAGGUUAUGCAGCAUCCAGUUUUGCUGUGGCGCGUCAAAACAGAUUCAAACUCUUUACUGAGGAAUCGAAGGGAAGUCGGCUCUGGAGAAUUCGAUAAUACCGACGACUACGACGGCUACGAUGAUGAUUACGAGUACGAGAAUGGAGGGGAGGAAGACGACGAAGGAGACGGCGAGGACUCGCAAGUGCAACCGACUAUUGUACCAGAAACGAACUCUCCUAGAGAACAUUUUAGUCCGGAACACCCUCACAGACACCAUCACGGAGAGGAGUCUAUCGAUUGGAACACGGAAGUGAUCGACGACAGAAUCCCAUUGGUGAACCAGGCGAAUACAGCGGAAAAUGCCGUGAACAGAACCACCACGGAUACGGAUACGGAUACGGAUACGGAUACGGGCACAGACACAGACACAGACACAGACACGUCUCCGACCACAACAACCACUGAACUUACAUCACCACCAUCAACAAUCCCAACAACAACCACCACCAUCACGACGACUACAACUUCGACAACCACUACGCAACAACCACCGUCAACGGCCACUGGUACUUUCACCACUAGCACAACAACGACUACCACAACAGCCGAUACAAAUGCAACAUCAACAACAACAACAACAACAACAAGUAGCCCAUCGACUACCAUUGUUCCGUCGACGACAGAGCCUCCGCAACCGGAGACUACAGAGGAGUGGACGGAUAACACCAGACACGAGGAGAACGAAUCUAUAAACGUCACGUCCGCAACUAUGUCAGAAACCAUCACCACCACCACUGCCAACUUUCCUUCGGUAAUCGUUGUUCAUUCUAGCACGGUCGGACCACCCACGACCGUCGUCGAGAGAACCGAGACAGACGUCAACAGUGGUGCUAUGAAUAUCACUACGGAAGAGCCGACGGAACAUUCGUCAGUGCCUACGACGAAACCAACCACUACUCUAGUACCCACCGCGAUACCUGCAAAUCCCGCGACAACGUUCAUCGCCGCAAAUACCAGUACUCUGUCAACGAUUCUUGUCACGAAUCCCACCACCACAACACCAAUGCCAACGACAACACAGAUACAAACAUUGCCACCCACUGUAUCCACCACCUAUACCUACACCGUCAUGGUUCCAUCUACAACCACCACAAUAGCCAGCAUGAGCACCAGCACGACAACCAGCACUCCGACAACGACCAACGUUACCGCUGAAUCACCCAGGGUAACCACGGAAAACGUAGAGUACGGAGUUCGCAACUCUCCACCCAGACAGGAUAGAAGGCUGAAGAAGAUACCGGUGACCGCUGGAAAACCGUUGAGCUACGUCAUACCGUCUGACACGUUCAGUGAUUUCGAGGACGGAGACACCAGGAGGCUGAGGCUGAAUUUGUAUCUACAGGGAGCACCGUUGAAGAUGACUCAUUGGCUUCAGUUCAAUCGGAACACGCAGGAAGUUUAUGGACUGCCCUUGGAGAACGACAUUUCAACCUGGACGUACGAAUUGGUUGCUGCAGACAGCGAAGGCCUAAACGUGACCGAUCGAUUGGAUAUUCACGUGCAACAGCAUAAGCUCAGUCGCAGUGUGAACCACGAGUUCAGUAUUUAUCUGAGGAUCGAUAAGCGCACCGAAUUCCCCACCGACGUAGACUGGGAGCUCAGAGUAAUCCGAAGUAUAGCCGAAGUAUACGGCGACACCGACACGAAACACAUCACCGUUCGAUCGGUGGAUAUCGAACACGGCCAAGCAAUUUUCACUUGGACCAAUGAUAGCCUGCCGAGAAGCAGCGAGUGUCCCAAGGAAUAUAUCGAUAAUCUGUUGAACGUUCUGAUCGAUAAGAACGGCGAUCCUAGUUUCGCGUUAAGAAACGUUCUUCAACCCGAAAUCGCAGUGAAACGUGUGGUGUACCAAGGUAUCGGACAGUGCGAGGAUACAAGUCGGCCAGAACCGCCUAAAGUUUCCACUCAAGAACCCAAGUCCAACAUCUCGCCAGUGCCGAGGAACCAAGUGGAUCUCGUCAAUGCUACCGUUGGCCAGCUUCUCGUGUUCAAAGUGCCAGAAGACACGUUCUACGACGUUGAAGAUGGUUCUGCCAGAAAUAUGCGGAUGUCGCUUUUGACUAUCGAUCGCACGCCUAUCCCAGAUCACGAGUGGCUGCAAUUCGAUAACAAGAAUCAAGAAUUCUAUGGUGUGCCUAUGCGCAGUGACGUCGGACGCAAAGAGUACCAACUGGUUGUCACCGAUAAAGACGGCGCGAGCACUACCGACGGUCUAGUCGUAGUCGUCCACCCUGCCCCCUUGAUGCACCACACGGUCGAGUUCUCGAUGACAUUGGACAUUCCGUACGAGUCGUUUGCGCAUUCAGCUCUACAAAAACGUAAUUUUGUCGAGAAGCUGCGCGAUCUCUACCAAGACAAAGACACCAGCGCGAUAUCGUUGCACAGCAUAUCGAACGGGAGCACAGUGAUCGCGUGGCAUAACAGAACUCUACCCACGUCGUACUGCGCCCACGAGGAGGUGACCAGACUCCGCUCGGUGCUGGUGAACGACAACGAUCGUCGAUCCGUCACGGAUGAGGUUCUGGAGAUUAUGGGUCAGAAAUUCCCAGUGAAACAGAUCACGGUGAUUCCGAUGGGCAUUUGCGUCGGCGAAGUGACCCACGUUCAUUCGCCGGAUAACAACGUUCCACCAGUAGACGAUUCUACCUCGGUUGGAGCCUUCCACGACGACUAUCUUAUCACGUUCGUCCUUCCUGCUAUAAUCAUAGCCGCGAUGCUCGUUCUGGCAGGUAUCAUCGCCUGUGUACUGUACAGACGAAGACGUAGCGGAAAGAUGAGCGUCAGCGAGCAGGACGACGAGAGGCAGAGUUUCCGUAGCAAGGGAAUACCAGUGAUCUUCCAGGACGAGCUAGACGAGAAACCAGAUCCGGGUAACAAGUCACCGGUCAUUUUGAAGGAGGAGAAACCACCUCUACCGCCUCCCGAAUAUCAAAAAACUGAAGACGGAGCAGACGUUCCUAUGUUGGCAAAAGAGAAUUCGGAGGAACCGUAUCAGCCGCCGCCGCCAUUCGCCACGAACCGAGACACCAAUCGUCAGAAUCGCCCCAAGCCUACCCCGACGUACAGGAAACCACCUCCCUACGUGCCCCCCUAACAAAAUACGGUUCAUUCGCCCACGCGUAAAUAUAUGCUAGCAAUGCUCGGAGACUCCCCAAUUCACACGCAAAACCAAAAUAAUUACCAGACGAAGCCUCAGCUUGCCGUUGACGUCGAUAGCUGCGGAUCUCGGAACGUGUACAGCAAUCUGUAAGGCUUUAGUUCAUCCGGUAUCAUCGAGGUAUAUACCACGCAGAUGAAAAUUCGUUUAUUCGUUUGCGAGGACACGCUGAACAAAAUCGCGCGUCGCACAAUUCAUUUCUUUCUUUCUUUUUUUCUCUUUUUCUUUCAUUUCACUUACUUGUUUUUAUAUAUAAGCAACAUCGUUCGUUUGCCGCUGUUCAGCCGCGGUAAGAUACAACAAUUUAAGAGAGAUCCCAUCAACGAGAUCCUCGAAUAAUCUAUCUAUCUCUCUCUCUCCCUCCCGCCCC